AUGGUAUUUUCAACAGAUGACUCAACAUUUGCAUUCAGUCAAGGAGAGAAUGCCAUUGAAGUUCAUGACCUGGCAGAUCAGAUCAUACACAAACUUGAACUCGAAUAUGUUUCAUGUCUAGAGUUCUCACCUGAUGGCCUCUCUCUAGCAGCUGGGGAUAUGCAUGGUAAUGUCGAAGUCUGGGACUUACGAACCAAAGACGCCCCGAAGUGGAUAUUCCAAUCUGAUGGCUCAUCACUUGCCAUUGCCUAUUCAUCUGAUGGAAAGUUACUUGCACAGGCAACAUCGACAGGGGAGGUUUCUCUUUGGCAAAUCGCAACAGAAAGCUGCCUCCUGAAACUUAAGACUGAGCGGCAGAUUGAACAAUUGUCGUUCAGUCCUGACAAUAGAUCGCUCAUGACUGAGCAUGGCCGUCUGAUACCGGACACAUGGCCUUCUGAUGAUGAAACUGAGAACGAUGGCAUCCAGAACAAUGAUGAUCGCGAUAAACCCUCACAAGUACUGUUUACCACUCACGGCUAUGGAAUCGAUUUUGACGGAUGUUGGUUGACAAAGGAUGGUGAGAGAAUAGUUUGGUUGCCGCCUGAGCACAGGCCGAGCCCAGCCCUCGUUAUAGAUUCGGAAAUUGCAAUUCGCAAUAGCUCUGAUCAGUUAAUGAUGUUUUGUUUUUAUGAUUAA